AUGGUCCCAUUGGGUUCUCUUGCCGUACUGCGCCAAGCCAACCCUAGUCGCGAGGCACUCCUCGGUAUCAGUCAAACCGUACGCAGUAUUGUCGAUUCCAACAAGGACAUGUGCCGCUUUCACUUAUACCUCAUGUCCCUCGAGACUGAGGAUAUCUCGCAUUCGCGCACAGCGGAUCUUCAAUCCGUGUCGUCGGCUCUUCUCGCCAACUACCUGACCGAGGGCAAGACUGCUAUUGUUGGUUUUCAAACCACGAUUGACCAGCAGAAGAUGACGCUCACUGCCAUACUUGAUGCUAUUCAGCGCCUUGAUGGACUCAAGCAACCUCCACCCUUCACCAAGCUAUCCUCUUUCAAGCGGGAACAGCAAAGACGAAUUUGCUCUACCCCAGGAUAUUGCCCAGUUCGGAGCAGAGGGCGCACCGACGAAUGCGAUCGAAUAUUUCGAUGCAUUUAUCCGCAAGUCUCCGCAACGGCUCCUUACGAUCCCUUAGUGUCAAUCGAUCCAAGUGCUUGUUGA